AUGGGACUGCACAUAUUUUGGCCAGCAUCAACGUGCCUGACUCUUGUUGUGGUUUGCGUUAUAAUAGUUGUACUGAAAUAUGGAUCGCGUAUUUGCAAAUUACGUCACACGGCAUUGCCAUCCGAUCAGGAAUGGGAGGGUAAAGCGUAUUCUCGAAAACUCUCUGUCUCUAUACCGUAACAAUAAGUAGAUAUCACCACGUGUUUUCAAAGAUUCGUUUGCUUUAUAUCAAACUUUAAAUCAAAACUAAGCAUUCUAUAUGACCACGUUUGCUCUAUAUCAGAGUACGACAUUUUACAUUUUUUAACUUUGAUAAACAGAAUUUAAGUGAUUCGCUUAAAUGCAUAUCAGAAAAGUGAUAUCAUUUCUCUCUAGUUUAACGGUAGUAUAGCGGCAUACCUUAAAAAAUGAAUGCUAUAUAUCUGUAUCUUUUAUACGAAACUUUUUAUAUAGUGUAAGUAAUGCUAAUAAUUCCGUCCAAUUAUAUAAUCGUGACUUUUAUUAAAAUUUUAUAAUACGAUUUACGAAAGAAUUGUAUCCGUCCGGCAAUUGUAUCAAUUACACAGAAACUUUUGUAACUUUUAUAUGCGUUCUUUUGACAAAUAAAAGAUGCUUGCCUUUGCAUAAAACGCGUACUUACUUCACGAGUAACCCUGGCAGGUGUCUAUCAUAACCGAAGGGACGAGAGGUGAUCGUUGUUUUUAUAUAUAAUAUUUAGUUUUUUUUUAUUGACAACAUUGGAUUUUUAUUACAUGUGUAACGGUUACACAAUUAUUUAAUAAGUAGAUACAUUAUACAAUUUCUGCAUUCAGUUAUAACAUCAGCUUGUAAAUAAAUCACUGACGAUUUCCCACGAACUACGAGAGAUAUUUGAUUUAAGAAAUGUUAAAUUUGAUUCGAUUGCCUAAGCAACUAAAACCUCAGCGUACUUUCUACCCGACGCAUCGUUUCCCCCCGGAAGCCAUUCCACGUUUAACCAACGCCAUCGCGCGUUUUCAUCUGCUGUAAGAACUUCGUCCAACGUGACCGAUUAAACCAACAAAAAAAAAAAGAAAAAAAAACGCUCAACAAAAUCCUUCCUCGCGUAUGAUUCUAUGCCACUAACGAGUUUAAACUAUCGACAUGGUCAUUGAUUAAAAAUCUCCAAUGGCGCGAUCAAGAGACUCACGCAUCCACCGUUGCAAAGGCUUGUUUGAUUACGUUUCACGAGCACAGCGACAGAUUAACUUUGAAAAACAAGUAAAACGCUUCUUCCUUUACCGUGAAAUCUUUCGAGGAUUCCGAUUUGUUCAGAUAUAAUUUUUUGACGGAAAGACACUUUGAUCUCUGACAAUUUCGCGGCGAAUUUUUUCUAAUUCUUUUAUUAAACAACAAAUCGGAACCCUACUUUGAGAAGGUAAUUAACCUCUAAUUAGUAGCGUAUUUCUUCUAUCGAUUCUGCUAUGUUACAAUGCAGUUAAAACACGGAUAACCUCGAUCGAGUUCCACACAGAGAUGUGAAGCAGUGUUAAUAAUUACGCUUAGUAGACGUUUAAUGACAGUAAUUAGAAGAGACCAUAGAACGUAGACAAUGCUAUCCUUACCCUAUAUCGAUAGAUUCGUUUAUUUUAUUUUUCUUCCCUUCGUUUUAUGCGUAAUGAUGAUAUGCUGUAUAUACGUAAUCUAGCUACGAUCAUCGGCACCGACCAACGCCACCAUCGAAUCCGUACAAUCAACGUUUCGGUCGAGUAUACGAAUUUAUCGUGUGCACCCCGGUAUUAUAACCUGAAUCAGCUGACUUUAUUCAACGAAUUACUUUUGUUUGUAUACAUCUAGACUUAAAAACAAAUACAAUCUUGUAUCUGGGGGAAAGGUUUGAUUUCUAUAGUUUCAAUGAAACGUCUCGUAGGGACGAGUUCCAAUCGUUCGGUCGUUCGUUACGGAAGCGAUGCAAGUUUCAUUUAUUUUUAUUCAAUGAAUGUAUGUUUGUUGUCAUUGACAUAAGAACUAUCCUUAAUAAUUCUAACAACUGUUCCUUAAUCAUUUUUCUUCUCAUUCCGUUUAACAAUCCAACCAAAGUAGAUACGAUCGUAAUUUUGCUCCGUCUAAGUAAGACACUAAGUAAGAACUCGGUUUCUUUUUUAAAUGGACCCUACGCCUACACUACUUGCAUAACGAACGGCUCGAUUAAUAUUAGCAUCCCGGCUCUACGAAUUCGUUUGAGACUUUUCGUUACGUUCAUUUGAUUUUCAUGCUCAUUUGGCUUUCGUUAUUAUUUUAACUUUUCCAUUCAGAGAUAAUACGAGACACAUAUAACAACUGUAUACAGCGACGUUUCUUAUAUAUAUAUAUAUAUUUAUAUAUAUAAUUUUUUGUUUGUAUGCAAGGAAUACGUCUCGGUGAGAAGGGAUCGUUGAUACAAUAUCGGAGAAACGGUAGUAAUUAUCGAAUCGUACUUCUUACAUAAGGCAGCGGUUCCCAAACUUAGGGACGCGACACGAAUAACGUUUUUUUUUUUAAAGAAAUGUUCGUUUCCAUCGUACCAGCCCGCUAAGGAUGUAUAUGUAAUUUUCGAUUCGUUCUCUUUUUCAACGUUUACGAGUUUCUCUAAUUAACCUCAUUCUUCCAUUCAUCGUAGAAAAAGUCGCACAUGUUUUUUUUUUUGUUACUCUCAUUAGCAUCGCGUUUAUCAAGCUUUACAAAUAUCGUUCAACUAACGAUCGAGUACUAAUGAAAAAGUCCGAGAAGUUUAGAAACCGUUGGAUGAAUAUAAGACAUAGUUUUAACAUCGAACACUGUAUAGUACCUACGCGAAAAUCGAGAGAUUGCGUCUCUAUCUCACAAACAUUGUACCUGGUUUUAAGUGUAAACACCGCAAAGUCGACGAAAGAAAAAAAAAAAGAAAA